CUCUAUGCAAUAUUGAUAUUUGUUGCUAUCACUCUCAAUUUAGUCAAACUGUAGGCUUCCAUGCCAAUCAUUUUUUCAAAUCUAAUGUGAAAUGUUGGUCCUAGUUUUUAGGCUUGUGGAAGUGUAAUAUUCUUGUUGUGUUUUUGGUUUUUGCUGUGUUUUUGGUCUCUGAAUGUCUAUUCAACUUCUUUUUUAUUCCAGCAAUGCAUCUUGAAUUCUGACUUCAGCUUUUCUUUCUCUGGGAAAAUUACUUUUUGUUUAUUAAAACAUCCAAAACAGAUCCAUUCAGCCAAAGGAUUAAAACCCAAUUGGCUAAGAGGAGAUUUAUUUUCGGUUAAUACAGUUAGACAAUGCUUACUGUUUGAUGAUGCUAGAGAGGGUCCUUUGUUUGUAGUGUCUAAUGCUGAGGUAUUUCCAAAUGAUCUGUGAAUAAAUUCUUUAGGUUGUCUUAAUAAUUGUUACAUAAUGGUAACUGUACUUUUACUUGAAAAUCAUAUAAAAUUUGUGUGAGAUCUUUGAUUGGCAUUAUAUGAAUGUAUAUAUUAUUUUUAUACAAAAUAGAUCCCAACUAUAUUUGUAUGUAUACAUUUGCAUAUAAUGCCAAACAGAAUCAGGUAGAUAACACAUAAUUUUAAAAUAUGUAUAUAAUAAACUCUUUAUACGUUUGUUUCCUUAUAGGAAUUACAAUCUAAUCUAAAAACUCCUGCUUUAUGGCAAUUUUAUCUUCCACGUGUUUUCCAGCAGACUUUAAAUAAACUGGGAAUAUAUAUAAGUAAUCUGCUUUUUAACACAAUUUAUCAUGGAUGAGCGCCACUGGUGGUUUUCCUCAAAGAUUUUACAGACACUUAAUAUAGGAAUCCAUGAUGAUGCAACAUUGUUGGAAGAUUUUAUGUCCAGUGAUGAGACGUUGGAAUUAAUAAACGAUUUCUUUAAACCGAAUGGGGACAAAAUUGUAUUCUUUUAUCUGUCCAAAAAUAAUGGAUUGGGUGAGAAAGCAAGGAAAAUCAUACAAACUGGAACAUCAUCAAGUGUAAACAUCCAUAAACUGUUAAAUGAUAUUCAUAUUUGCGUUUACUUUAUACAUGAAAAUAUUGAGCAAGAAAUAGAUGCCCAGAACAUUGAGAAUGAAGUAAUGUCUGGAGAAAUUAAACAAAAUGGACUCACAUUGUAUAAUAAAAUUUUCAAAUACAUUUUUUUGCCUUUGAUAAAAAAUAAGAAAAAUUGGAGCGCAGCUGAAAAUUUUGAAUGUACUUAUUUUUACUCUGAGCUGGAAAAGUUUUCUCAAACCUUAGAAGAAUAUUCAAAUGCAAACUCAACUCCUGAAGAGAUCUUAAAAGUGCCAAAUGGUCUUGUUGUCAAUAGUUUCCAAAAGAACAGGCAGAUUGCUUUAAGUGCUCAAGUUGUAAUUGAAUAUGAAGAAAUGGUCAUGAAUUGGGUUCGAGUAAUUGAAGAUGUUUUAGUGGAUAGUCUUGAUGAGAGAUAUGACUUAUACACUUCUCCAAUGGCAAUUCUUUUUGAGUGGAGACGGCGACAAAAAAAUAUACAAAGCAUAAUAGAUCAACUGAAGUCAAAAGAAAUAAAGUCUGUAAUAGCUGCACUAAUUUCAUCAAAGUCAAAAGUUUUAAAACAUUGGAAAACAAUUGAUGCUGGAUUGACAGAUGCAUUUAAUGAUGUGAAAGACAGAAACAAAUACCUUGAGUCACUAAGAAGCAGCUUUGAACAACUUCAACACGAAUCGAGUUUAUUUCAACUAUCUUGUAAUGUUCUUCCAGAUCUUCUUUCUGGGAUUAGACAAUUGGAUUCUGUGUCCAGAUUUUUUGCAAAGAAUGGCUUUUUAGGCUCCCUGUUGGCUAAAGUCUGCCACCAACUGAUAGUUUCAUGUAAACAUAACAUCGUAAAGUUUAUAUCUAGCCAAGAAAACAAGAAGAAAAACAUCGAUGAGAAUUUCUGGGAUUGUAUUACUAAGGAAAUUAUUCAUGGAAAAGUUAGAACAGAAAAGAAUCGCCUAAAAAGAAAAAUAACCAAUGAUCAAUUGAAUAGCCUGUUGUCUGCUCUGUACAGUACUUUAUCAGUUUGUCACCAGUAUAAAGAACUUUAUUAUUCACUUCAAAAUGCUAUGGGUGGAUCGCAAUACACUCCGACAUUAACAAGUGCAAGUAUGUUGUCGAAGAAAUUGAAACAUGAAAGCAGUACCUCAAGCGGUGGUACAGCUGGUAGUGAAACCAGUAAAAAAACAGCUGAAGAUGUUUUAAGCACUGAUAAACUUAGUGGCAACACUUCAAACGCUUCUGCAUCUGGAUUUGUUUAUGGUGUUCCACUUUCAGAUGAAAAAACAAUUUUGAAUCCACUCAGUGUCUUUAUACAACACUUGCACCAACUUGUUGAUGUUAUUGAAACUCUGAAGCAAGUGCAUGCAUUGGUGAUGUCAACUAAGACAGCACCACAACUCUCUGAAGCUCAAUUGAAUAAAGCAUCUGAUGAUGUGAACAACAAGGACGGAAAUAACAGAAUAGAUGAAAGUUUUAAUGACACAAUGAUAACAAAUAGAAGUUCUGAUUUGUCAGAAGUUGAAGAUGUUAUAUCUGUCAACCUGUCAAAGAGCAUUGGUGAAGUGUUUCAGAAUAUAAAGCAAUAUUUGCAAAGCAACUUAAAAUUAAAUAUCAUCUUGGAUGUCCAGACUUUUGGAGAAGGGGAUUUUGACAAUGUUUAUGCAGAUUUUGUUCGAUCCAUUCAAAAAAUCGAAUCUCUAAUCGAACAAUAUAUAAAGGCUUUUAACAAGUUGAACAGCAGUACUGAACAUUCAUUAAAUAUUCUGUCUUCCUUUACUCCAAUAUUUUCACGAACUGCUUUGUCAGCCACGUUCCAAAAUGCAUAUGCAUUAGUACUGCAAUCAUAUGAACAAGACUUGGAAAACAUUGAAAAACAAUAUGAGCUUAACAAGGACUGCCCACCUAGCCUACGAAAUGUUCCAAUUGUGUCUUCUGCAAUUAUUUGGGUAAAAAAGUUGUUUCAGAACAUUGAAACACCAAUGAAAAUACUAAAAGAUGUUAAAUUUGUUACAAAUCUUAAGGAAUACAAGAAUGCAGUGAAGUACUAUAACAGACUUGCAACCGUUUUGAUUCAAUUUGAAGAUAGUUGGUUAUCAGUAUGGACUACACAGGCUGAGCUAUGCUUCAAAUCUAUGAACACAACUUUAUUAGCGCAUGAAGUGGAAAGCAAAAAAAUUAUUGUAUAUUCAGAUCCAAGGAUCCUGGAAAUCUUUGCUGAUGUUAAAAGGCUUAAACGUUUUGAUUUUGUGAUCCCUGAAAGUAUCUUGGAAAUCUACAGCAAGGAGAACAGAUACAAGUUUUACAAAGAAACGUUGGAACACCUGUUAUCACAGUUUUAUGACAUAAGUGAUGCUAUUCCAGAUCAUUUAAAGGCAAUUUGUAGUCCGUUACUCGAAUCUACUUUAUCGUAUUUUCAACCAGGGCUGUCUGUAUUGUUUUGGAACAGUGUAAAUGUUGAUGCAUUUCUUCACAAGGUUCAGAGUGCUAUCAAUCAUUCAAAAACUUUGAUUAAUAAAGUCACAAAGAUCUGUUACAAUGAAGUAGACACAGCCGUUGAAAAUAUCAAAAAAUUUAUUUUAUUUAACAAAUCUGCUGCGUGUUCAAAACUUUGGAGUCCUAUGGAUUUUCUUCAAAUGCACAAUUGUUCCAUUGAUGAGAUUGGGUUGUCAUUAAGCCAGUUGAUUCACUUGAUUGAAAGGUCAUUGCAGGAGAUAGCAAUUACUCUUACAAUGAAGCCAGACUCGUUGCCACCUUCUCAUGCUACGAAUAUACCUUCCAAAUCUGCUGAAGGGUAUGCAGUGUCAUUACUUGCUGCAGAUCAACAAGAACCAACAUCACCCAUCUCCUUUUUGAAUGAUAAAAAGGUCAUCUCAGAUUUGUUUGCACAUUACUCAUCAGAUAUUUUUAAAGCUAUGUUGAAAAGUACUUUACAAUCAUUGGAAGAAUAUUAUAAAUUAGUUGGACGUGAAAGGAAUGAUACGAGACAAUCUCUUAAAUUUAAAGUCAAUGUCUUAUUUGAUCUUCCGAACAUUGUAUUGGUACCAACAAUAUAUACUGUACAAAGUGUGGUAUCACAAGUAGCUCAAAAAAUUAUUGAUGUCAGUUUGAAUAUAUAUUGGUGGGAUGCUGACUUAAAAAAGUCAUUUCAUGACACGAUCACGAAUAAUUCAUCUGUUGUGCUGUUGAAAGAAAAGAUUGACAAUGCACUAAACAAUCUUGAAAGAGAUGUCACAAGUUUUUUGCUUGUAUUUGAAAACUUUAACUUUCUUUGGCUUGACGACAUGAAUACCCUAUAUAACUUGUUAGAAGAAGAAAAACCUGAUCUGGAAUCGCACCAUGUUGAGGUUCAACGACUAGUCAAAAUUGAAAGAAAUAUACAGAAUACAGCUAAUCAAGUUAAUAUUGGGUCUAUUGUUCUGGAGACAACAGCCAUUAAAGAAUCAUUAAGUGGAUUUUGUUUGGCUUGGAAAAUGUGUUAUGUUCAAAAACUGCAUCACAUGGCAAAGGAUAAUCUUGAUAUGCUUGUAGCACAACGUGAAGACUUAAAUUCACAUUUAACAAGUGAGAUAAACUCAUUAGGCGACCUAAACAAUGUGUUAAACGAGAUCCAGAGGAUUACAGAUAUGGAAAUACGUAUUGAUAACCUUUAUGCUCCAGUGGAGUCCUUGUAUGAUGUUUUGACUAGUGAGUACGGUGUUCCAAUAGCAAGAGAAGAAAUUGAAGCUGUUAAAUGUUUACGCAAAUGUUGGAGUAAUCUUGUUGUGCUUGCUGAAACGCUUAGAGAGAAACUUAUGAAGGAGCAACGAACACUUUUUGAGGAAGAAUUGGACAGAGACAUAAAAGCAUUUGUGCUCGAAGUCAUUCAGUUUCGAAAUAGGUUUGAUUCACAAGGACUGGCAAUGCCAGGUAUUGUUCCUGCAGAUGCCGUCGCAAAAUUAAAGGAAUUUCAAAAAGAUUAUGCUGUGUUUAAUAAAAGGAGCGAAACAUUGCAUGCAGUGCAGCAAUGGUUUGGUAUAACACCUACACCGUUUGAUGAAUUAAAGAAAACAGGAGAAGAGUUAGAAUUACUGGGGAUGUUAUAUGAACUGUUUCAGAGAUAUAUCUCAUUUGAUAUGAAGUUUCGGGACACAUUAUGGGCUGAUGUAUUUUUGGAAGACAGUUCUAAUGAUAUAAAAACUUUAUGGAAUUGCUUCAUGUCUUUACCUGCAAAGAUUCAUAACUGGUUUGCGUUCAUUGAAUUACAAGAUGCUUUAAAUGGUUAUUUAGAAAUAUUUCCGCUGCUACAUAAACUUGCCUCAAAGGAAAUACGUAAUCGUCAUUGGCUUCAAGUGAUGCAUGUGACGAAGAAGUCAUUUCAAUUGGAAGCCAAUAUUUUUAAAUUGAAUCAUAUUAUGGAUAUUGGGUUAAUAGAGCACAAAAGUGAAAUUGAGCAAAUUGUAAAAGGCAGUCAGGUUGAAUUGGAUUUAGAGAGUUGUUUGAGACGGAUUGAAGAAACAUGGGCUGAUCAGGUGUUUCAAUUUGAACGUUACAAAAGUCGUGGACUGAUGAUCUUUAAUAAGGAUCACAUGGAUCAUUUGUUAGACACUCUGGAAGAGGGGAAGUCAUCACUGAUUACGAUGUUAGCAUCAAAGUAUAUCAAACCGUUAAAGGAGGAAACAGCUGCAUGGUCAAUUAAACUAAACGAAGUCGGUGAAAUGCUAGGGCAGUGGUUGAAUGUUGAGAAAAUAUGGACAAAUUUAGAGCCUGUCUUCGAUUCUGAAAAUGCUGUCAAGGAAGUAGAAAAGCAGCAUUCAGAUUUUGCAAAAGCUGACCAGUCAUACAUAAAAUUGAUGAAAAAAGCUGCUAAGGUGUCCAAUGUUGUACAGUGUUGUCUGAGUGGUGAAGUAUGUAACAUGACCAUGUUGAAGCAAAUUAAUAAAGACCUUGAACUAUGCUUUAAAGGUUUGGACGACUAUUUAAAUCAGAAAAGAAAAGUAUUUCCCAGAUUUAACUUGAUUUCAAAUCAAGUUUUACUAGAAAUUCUCAGCAAACCACAUAAUGUAGAUUCUGUCUUGCCAUAUAUAAGAGAAAUAAUACCAGGAGUACAUAAUGUAGAAACCGUUAUUGAUAGCAGCUCAUGCUUAACUUCAGAAUUAAUCAACCCUGCAGUUGAGAAUCAAAUUUUAAACGGCAAAGAAAGAUCUUCAGUGGCUGCUACCCAUUUUGUCACAAUAAAUCAAAGAGAACAAUUUUCUAUCCAGGAGGAUAUCAAUAACCAGCCUACAUUUUUGAAUGAUGCUACAAAUGCUAGCUGUUUACCUGAUUCUAAAUGGCAAAAGAACAUUCCAACCAUUGAUAUAACUUCUGUUAGUGAUGCUUAUGGCGAAAAAUUAACCCUUCAAAAUAAGGUUACAUUAAAGGGUCAAGUUGAAGAAUGGCUUUCUACAUUGUUGUGCGAAAUAAAACAUACAGUGCACGGCAGUCUGCUAACCUUUAUCAAAAACGUUAACAAUGACAUCAUCAUCGAUGACUUGAUUGUAAACUUUCCAUGCCAAGUAACUUUGAUGGGUUUAUUAUACUAUUGGACAAAAGAAUGUGAACAAUCGAUUAGUGAUAUUCGCAUCGAUCGUAAAUCUUUAACAAAUUUUGCCAAGAAAAUCUCAAACAUGACCAACCGUUUCAGUCAAAUAUUAAUCCGUGGCUCAUCGAAAUCUUCUGGUAUUCAUGUAUCAAACGUACAACAAAUAAGAAUGGAGUCAAUAACCGGCAUGAUUAUAUAUUUACGAGAUGUUUUCGAUCAACUUGUGAAUAACAAGCUACGUGGCAUUAGUGAUUUUGAAUGGAAACAAACUAUUAAAUGCUACUACUCACAUACAGACAAAGGACAGCAGGAUUUACACAUUCAUAUGCUUGACAAGAAAUUUCCUUAUCACAACGAAUUUCUUGGGUGUAAAUUUUCUUUAAUAAUGUCUCCUGUCACUGAAAGAUGUUUGCUUAACUUAGGACAGGCAGUUGUUGACCAAAAAGCAGGAUGUGUUAGUGGACCUGAUUUAGUUGGAAAAACAGAAAUAAUUAGGGGCUUGGCCAAUCUGCUUGGACAGUAUCUGUUUUCAAUAUCUUGUACAACCAAUUUAAGUGCACACUCGUUACAAAGAAUAUUCAUUGGAGUAGCUGAAGAUGGAAGUUGGUGUUGCUUUACAAAUCUUCAAUGCUUAUCUCAGAAACGUUUCUCAGUUCUUCACAACCUAACACAUACAGUCCUAACUUGUUUAAGAAAGAAGAGUGAAAUCGUCAGUAUUGGUAAUAUUGGCAAGGUCAAAGUGGUUGACACCUGUCGAAUAUUUUUUACUUCGUCUUUACCAUUUAUCCACAAGUCUUGCCCUGCUUCCUUUAAAGCAAUGCUUCGGAAUGUUAGUCUUGCUCAUCCAGAUAUACCUGCUAUAUUACGACUUCAACUAAUCGCACAUGGUUUUAAGUGUGCAAAAACACUGGCUUCCAAGAUUACACUGGCUGCUGAGAUCUGUCAGGAUCAGUUAAAACUAAAAAACCACUUUAGUUUGUCUGCUCUGUUGACAAUGAUAAAAAGAAGCGCUCAAAAACAGCAGGCCUAUUCCGCUAGCAUGUUGUCAAGUGAUGGGUAUUUACCUCGCAUUGAAGACACUGCUGUAUCAGUUGGCACAUUUGCUCAAGCAGGCACGGCUAAAGGCAUGUUCAGGGCUAACAAAAGUCCUAUUCCAGGUGUUAGAACCACAUCCGUGAAAGGUCGUUCUUCAGCGAUACCCCAUGUAAUGUCAGAAUCAAUGAAGGCUGAGUAUGCUGUCAUUGCUCAGAGUCUUAACGAAAUCAUCGGUGCAAGACUGUGUGACCAGGAGUCCAUUAUUUUUAAAUCAGUGUUGGAAAGUUUAUUUGGUGAUUAUGAUAACUUAGCUAUAAACUUACAAUUGGAGGAAGAGCUUCUGUCUUGCAUUGUUGAUGUUGCUAAAGAGAAAUGUUUGACCACAAGCAAGAAAUUUGUUGAUAAAGUUAUUCAACUGUAUUAUGUAUCUCAAGUAAAUCAUGCUGUGGUGGUUUGUGGUCCAAGUUCAUCUGGAAAAUCAACAUGUGUUUCUAUUUUGAUUGAAGCGUUGAAAAAAAUGUUCUCAAAAAAGAAUACAUCUUGUUCAUAUAAACAUGAUCAUGUCAACAUUCUUGCCACUUCUGAUUUAAAUUUCAUGUUUGGAUUUACCAAUGAUUUCGGCGAUUGGGUUGAUGGCGUUGUUCAAAAUCUUUUUAAAAAAGCAAGUCAGAGCUUUUCAAGGCAUACAUGUUUCACAUGGAUCACCUUGGAUGGACCUCUGCACGAUUAUUGGUGCUACAAAUUGAAACCUCUGAUUGGACAAGAAAAGGUGUCUAUUAAACCUGAUUUGGAACGGAUUUACCUCAGCAAGAAUGUUAAGAUGUGCUUUGAGACUGACAACUUAUCUGAUGCAUCACCUACUAUUUUUGCUUCGAUGGGAAUCCUUUAUGUGGAUAGUGCUGUAAUUGGAUGGAAAGCAAUUGCUGAUGCCUGGUUGGCAAGUCGACCUUCUCAACAGUACCAUACAUUACAGCGUGCUUUCAACAAGAUUGUGGAUCGAAUUAUUCUCUUUGUACAAGAAGAGGCUGAAAUGUGUAUUCAGCUUUCCGACUGUACUCUAAUGUCUUCAUGCCUUAGCAUGUUAUCUUCUCUGUUAAAGGAGCGUGAAGACAUAGCAGGAGAUUUGCAUAUUGAACGAUUGUUUUUGUUUGCUAUAAUCUGGGCGUUUGGUGGAUUGUUAGUGCAUGACUUGGAUAAAAAGGAGUUCAACUCGUUAUUACUAUCUUUAACAAAUGCACUACCUGACGAUGACGAUGGAAUAUCAGUAUUUGAUUAUUACGUUGAUGAAGCUGGUGAAUGGGACACGUGGGAUACCAGAUUAAAUGAAGUUGGUAUUAAUGAUUCUAUUGAUAUGUUUGGUGAUGUGUUUGUUGACACGGUAGAAACAUUACAAACAAAGUUCCUGUUGGAUUUGUUAAUGUCAAAUGGCAAUAACACAUUACUUGUUGGAUCACGCUGUACUGGAAAGAGUAGUCUUGUUGAAAGCUUCCUACAAAAGCAAAGUGGCAAAGAUUUUGUAUUGAGAAAAGUUGCCUUCACAAAUGCUACAAAUGCCACGUUUUUGCAAAAAUAUCUAGAUGCUUCGCUGUAUCACCGCCAAGGGUUUCGAUACGGGAUGAGAAACAACAAAAUGUUGAAGCUGUGCAUUGAUGAUUUACACCUACCAAACUAUGACAUAUGCAAUCAGCAAUCAGUUAAUCAGCUAUUGAGGCAAUUAAUGGACCGAAACAUCAUUUACACUAAUGGAAAUCAAUGUAAAAAAAAGUAUAUUGAAGGGUUUCACGUAAUUGCUACAAUGAAUCCAUUUACCGAGAAAGCUAAUAAACAAAAAUAUUCGCAGUUACUGGGAAAGUUUUGCACCAUACACAUGCCGUUGUUGAAUGAGAAACAAAUCUACAGCAUUACAACAACAUUAUUAGAAGCAAACAUGACUUCGUACCAAGGUCUCGGCUUACCACAAUCAUUAUGCAAUCAAAUUGUUAAUGCAUCCACCAAACUUUUGAUGAACAUAUGUCAGAUGUUUAAUAGCUCAAACUCAGAUUUGCAAUGUCCUUACUUGUUCAAUGUGGGAGAUUUAUCAAGAGUAUUUCAGAUACUACAGCAAUGUCCUGAAGAACUUCGUGUUGAUGAAGAUAAUAAGUAUUUCCAAACAUUUUGGUAUCAUGAAACCAAACAUGUAUUUUUGGAUAGAAUUUCAAAGAAGAAAGAUAUAGAUUGGUUUAAUGAAACAUUAAAUGAAAUUUUGGCCAAGGACUUUUCGCUACAGUUGAAAGACAAUCCAAUAUUUACUACUUUCUCGCCAGAUGCUCAUUUACGAAAUCAAAGACAACUCAAUUCCAACAAGCGAGAAAGAAAGCAAGUUGCAUUUCAUCAACGAUUAACAACGAUUAAAGAUGUAAAUGAAUGUUUGGAAAGUUUCAAAUAUCGUUAUGUCAGUGAGAAAAACGAACAAUUGGAUGUAAUAUUACAUGAUUUCAAUUCUUGUGAAAUUAUUAAAACACACAGAAUUUUGUCCUGUGGAAACAGAGGAAAUAUGAUCGCAGUUACCAGUGAAGUCGAGCAGAUGAGUGCUAUUUUAAAAUUAACAAUUUUCAUGCUUGGAUAUCAUCAGCAAAUCAUAGAUUCUUCAAGCACCACCAGCUUCCUACAAGGUUUACGUAUGGUUGCAAGGAUGGCAGGAUGUGAACAGGAGAAUGUGUGCAUUAUUUUAAAGGCCAAUGACAUCAAUACUCCAUUUUCUUUGGAAGCACUUCAUAGUCUAAUGUCACUUGGAGAAUAUGCACCUUUGUUUAGCGAUACAGAGUUGAAUAGUCUGUUAGCAGCUUUGCGUCCAACUAUCAAGAAAGUAAAUUCAAGUUUAUUAAGUGAACCAAAACGAUUUUUCACGAGCAGUAUUAAAAAGAAUUUACACGUGGUCAUUAUCACGUCUCCCGAAGAAAAUUUUUUACCAUUUCUUCAAAGUAAAUAUCCUGCUAUUUUAUCGAACUCUUAUGUUAACUGGCUACCAGAGGAUUCAUCAGAUCGGCUGCACAAUGAGGAGUUAUUUUACUUAUCUACUGCUGAUUUUUGGCAUAACUAUGAAGAAACAUUAAAGGACAAAGUAUUAAAAACAUUGCAAGAUGUACAUUUUGUUUUUACAAACAAAUCAAAAAGAAACGAUGUCACCCAAAAAGACAGUUCAUCAAAACAAUCUGACAUGCUCAGGAACAAGAUCUUAUCCUCCCUUACUGAUGCCCAACAUAGCAGUUAUAAUGUAUCUACUUUUAAACAGUUUCUUAAAUGUUUUAAAUAUAUUAUGGAGAAUAGAGUCGACGAAUUGCAAAAUAAAAUGGAGACAAGGAGAUUGGCUCUUGAAUGUCUUGCUAUUGCAGAAGAAAAAGCUUAUGCAAUGUCAAAAGAAAAGAAUACAAUGACUCAACAAUAUGACGUUUUAGAGAAAGAAACAAAACGCUUAUGUGAAGAACUUUUUACAAAAUCGUCAUUAAUUGAAAGAUUGAAAGCUAAAUAUGGAACAACGACCAGUAGUUUUUGUGCAUUUAUGGCGCUAAUUGAUAGUGAAAUGGUUGAUUCUGAUGAUGAGUUAACAUGGGAUGAUGAUCACGAUGAAUUGGAUGAAGAGUAUGAAAGAAUACAAUCAACCUCCAGAGAAAGACUAAAAUCGCUAGGAGAACAAGUUGAUGAAAUGUUAAAUACAGUUGAGCUACUUGAAAAGGAGAUGGAAUAUGCCAAAGAAAUGCUUAAAUCUUUUCAAGUUCAAAUCGAUCGUGGUUGUAUCGAGCGGCUACGAGCAUACCAAUCACCACCAACAUUGGUUGGGACUAUUAUGGUCAUGGUAAUGAUCCUCUUGAGGCGACCAGAAUUUUCUAGUUAUGUCACUGUAUCAGCAAGAAAUGAGAAACAUAGGGAUGGUAAUCUUCUUGUGUCUGAAAGUUCUUUAUCAAGAACGAGUUCUGCAAGGUCCAAGAAGUCUAAAACUCCCGUUCAACCUGCCAUAUCUAAAGAUGGCAAGGUUGAUCGAAAAAUUUGGAAAACAAUUCAACAGAUUAUGCAAGAUUCGCAAAAAUUUUGCGAGCUAAUGAACACAUACAAUUGGUGUCAGGGUGUGUCUGAUGACGUCAUGAAUACAGUUGUAUCAUUUUUUGCUCCUGGUGAAGAAAUUCCAUUGAUAGCAAGAGAAGACCCAGUAACACCUAAUAAAUCAGAUGCAGGUAUAUCGUUGCAAGCUGCUCGUUUUUCGUCAGAAGAUGCUGCUCAAAUUGUUGAGUAUGUUCAAAAAGUGAUUCAUUUUACUCGCAAAUACAAACCAUACAUUCGCACAAGAAAUCAGUUGAAUAAGUUGAAGGUUCAAAAAAAAGAAAGAGAGGAAAAGUUAAUGCAAGCAAAUCUUCAGGAAGAAAAUGAGAAGUUGAAGUCUGUGCCAGUGGAAAUUGAUGCAUUGAAAGAUUUAAAUGAGGACGAUAUAGGAAAACUUCAGUUGGAAUUAGCCACACUACAACAGCAGUUCGAUGAAUGCUCCAUGAGCAAACAUCAAUUACAAGAAAAGAUUCUAAUGUUUUCAAACUUGUUAGAUAAUACAACCACACUAUUAAACAGUAUGAAACCCUUUCAAGAUUCUUGGCUUUUAUUUUGUGAUACCUUCUCUAAUGAAUCGAGCAUCAUCACGGAUGCGAUAUUGUCUUCAACUUACUCUUGCUAUUGUGGAAUUCUAAAUGCUGAUAUGAGAUAUGACGCCAUACAUGACGUUUUGUCAGUAUGCAGCAAGAAUAGACUUUCUGAUAAAGACCAAAAUGCUGUGGAGCAGACAUCUUUGGUUUCAUUUUUAAAUAAAGAGAUUGACAUCAUGGAAUUCAGUCUAGUUUAUCCCUCAGCUGAUAAAAUGUUGGUAGAUCUGUUCUUUAUGACAGCAGAAAUGAAAUGCAUCAAUGGCUGGCCUUUGUUGUGUGAUCCAUGCAAUGUUGGGGUAUUCCUGUUAAAAAAGAUGUUUCCAAACAUAAUUGUUAUUUCUUUUACUGACCUGGACUUUAUGUUAGAAGACGUGUUGCAGCAAGGGAAUCACGUGGUAGUGACAGAUGUGAAUGUCAAAGGACUGGAAUCAAAUGCAACCAUGAUUUCUUUACUUAAAUGUUAUCAUUUAUUUCAGUCUUUAAACACAGUGUUUAAAAUAAUGAUUGGAGGUAAAGAGGUUGAGUGCUCGCCAAAGUUUAGGCUAUUCCUGUCAUGCACAAGUGACAGUGACGAGGUUCCACUUUCUAUCGUACCUCUUGUCCAUUGCAUGCAGAUAACAAUCAAGAGAGAUAUACUCUACGACAUCUUUCUAAGUCGUUUUAUGUCGAAAGAAAAAGCACAAAUUGAGACUUCGUUUCAUUUCAUUAUCAAGAAAAUUCUGGAUGAAAAAAAGUCGAUACUCAUUUUGGAAGAGCAACUUUUAGAUUUGCUCGCCAAUAAGAAGUGCUUUGUUGAUAUUUCUUCAAUCAAGAAACUUUCCAAUACGAUGAAACUGCUGAAGGAUGCAACCAAUAGUUUAUCCAGAGCGGAAGAGGUUUACAGAACUGUGAAACAAUCACGUGACGUGUACAGUUUGAUUGCGAUGCAAGCUGCUGUCCUCUUUCAAGUGGCUGCCAUGAUGAGAAAAGUUAAACCUUUUUAUCGAGUCUCGAUCGACCAGUUUUUAUCAUAUUUCGAUGUGGCUAUCAAACACUCGGAUAAAAGUGCUGUUAGUACGGUUGCAGAUAAAGUUUUAUCAGCCUUGUUUUAUAUCUCAUCGAAAGCGAAGUUAGAAGUAGAUCGCCCAUUGUUUGCACUGUUAACUGCCCUCGAGGUGGAAGAUAGUCAUGGUAGAUUAUCUGUUGGCGAUAGAGAAUUUCUUAUUAGUUCUCGUUAUGGUUCAACCUUGAAGCAAAGCGUUCUUGAUGGUGAUAGUAGCAGUAACAACAUUGCUCUCAAGACAUCAUCGAAGAAGCUUUUUGAUUGGAUGAGCGAUGAGCAAUAUCAAAAUCUAUUGAACCUUUCACAGAACUAUGGUUGGUUCAGUGAAUCAUUUGAGAAAAUGACAAAAGAUGGGCGUGAAAUGCAAUGGCGUUUGAUUUCUGAGCAUGACACUCCAGAAUUGUUAGCCUUACCAGAUAACGUCGAUGAAAAGUACUCUCCAUUGCAACGUUUCAUGGUGAUGCGAGCGUUUCGUGGCGAUCGUUUUAUGCAAGCUGCGAACACAUUUGUUGCCAUGGUACUUGGUAAAAAGUUGGCUUUCGACGGCAUAUUGGAUUUAAAGUUAUUUCUCCGUCACAGUUCACCAACUUCUCCAAUUCUUGUUCUUUAUGAUAAAGAUCCGAUGUUGUGUGAUAUAUUUUUAACAGAACUAGCAGCGUUCAAAGAGGUGGAAUUGCUUAUUCAUCAUGUCAGCGAAGAUAGCGAAGAUGUAAUCGAGACAAAACUGUCUCAAGCUAUGAGUGAGGGUAGCUGGCUGUUUCUCAAUGAUGUACAUCACAAGCAAUCAUUAAUGGAAUCCUUGUUCACCUGGAUAAAAGAGUACCAUGCUGACAGUGGCUUUAGAUUAUGGCUUUCAGGAGAGAUAACUUAUCAAUUUCCAGUUAAAUUUUUGCAUUCAUGUCUCCCAGUUAUUAUUGACGCUCCUAAAUUGAACCUACACAAGUCUUUCCUUCAAAAUCUACAUCUGGUAACAAACGAUAUGUUAAAGACGGGCAUGCGCAGUGAUGUUAUUUUGAUACACAACACUUGUUUACUUCAUAGCUGUUUUUUGCAGCGAUGGAAAUGCGCAGGUUUUGCUGUCACUCAUCUAGAUGAAUUUCAAUUUGAUAUUUCAAAGCUCUUGGAAGCAUCUAAAGUUGUCUCUAACGAAUGCUAUACCGAGAGCGCUGACGUUUCUUCUGUGCAAACUACCAGCAAAGGAAUUCAAUGGUCUUCAAUCAGAACGCUCUUGUCAAAGAUGGUAUAUGGUAGAGAAGUGACAAACGCAGUUGAUUUAAAUGCUCUGAACGCACUUAUUGAGUUCUGGAUCAGCUUGAAUGCAACAAGAAAAGAUUUUGAAAUCACCCGGGCACGCUUUAAAUUACCGUCUGCGUUAUUAACCAACAACACGAAGCCAUCCGCUGUGUUGCAAGCAGUGGAAAAUAUGCCAAAUUCUUCGUAUGAUUCUAUGGAAUUUGCUGGUUUGUUUCAAACACAGGAGGUACCAGCCAGUUCAACAUUAUACACCCUAUUAAACUUGAAACACCUGUUCGAUAAUAUGCCUGCUACAGAAACACUUGUUCAUUUGGAUCCCGGCUUUUUAUGCACGAGAGCUAUCGACGCUUCUCAGCUUGUUGUGUUUCCAUUUGGUUCUACUUUUAAAGCAUUUACGUGUGAAACAGUUCUACGUAGUAAGCAGAUCGAGUUAAGUGAAGUGUUAAGCACUGCUUUACUGAAGUUACCUCGGCUGUGGAGCAAGGAAUUCGUUUCGGAGCGCAUUCGGAAAACAGGUGGCUUGACCACCUACAACAUGUGGCUACUUGCGGAAGCAGAUGCUAUAUGCGUUCUUCACCAUACAAUCAAAAAUUCGAUUCAGAAACUACAGGAGGCUCUAAAUACAUCGUCGACAUGUUGCAACCUAAGUCAGGAAUUAGUAGACGAUGCAAUAGACCUUUACGCUGGAGAAAUACCUCAAAGAUGGUAUCAAAAUGCUGGUCCAUCUGCUCCUCCAAGAAGCUGGAAUAUUAUCUCUUGGAUUACGGACUUUCAAAACAGGUGCAGUCAUGUGGAGAGGAUUUUGCUGCAGGGACGAGAUAAAGUAGCUGGUUAUUGGUUAGCCGCAUUUUUCGAUCCAAAGAGAUUGCUCUCUGUUAUAAUUCAAGAAUCCGCACAGAACUUAAAAUUUUUAGACGCAUCCUCUGAAGGGUUGGUCGUGAAAACAGAGAUCACGAACAGAGACAAUAAUCAUCUUCGUGACCCUCCUUCGGAUGGUAUCUUUAUAUACGGUGUACAUUUAUGGGGUACACAUUGGGAAAAAGCAAGCAAUGAUCUUCAUGAUAAUCCACCCAAAUCGAUUUCAUACGCUUUACCGGUGAUUCACUUUCAAGUUGUACCACGUUCCGAGAAAGGGACAUGUUACACGUGCCCUUGCUAUGUAUCUACGCAACAUACGAAGAAGAGUGUUUUUGGUGUUGAUGUGGAUCACAAAGAUGCUUUAAAAUAUGCUCUUCGUGCUGUCUCUUGCACAUUGCGACCGUUCUAAAAGGUUUUGUUAACCCAAGUAGCUGGUUGAUUUUGCUUUAUUAUUUUUCUCGAUAUCCUUGUGGACUCGCCUAUUUUUUUUAACAAAGAAAGUUAAAGCCGCAUUUAACUUCGACCAAUUACAUCGCUUAUAAUGCAAGUCUUCCUUUCCUUUGUAAAUAUAAAGACAAUAUAGCUAGUGAUUGGUUGGCAAAUAUUUUAGUUAUUUAUUUCCAAUUUAUCUUUAAUAUAAAAAAUAAACUUGUAAAUAUAGAGUCAAAUUUUUAAUAUUGAAAUGAUGUGUGAUCCAGAACAAAACGUGUUGAAGAAUUGAUGUCGCAUUUUUAACGUUUGUUUUUGCGGGCAUGAUUGAAUCCGUUCUGUAAAGUAAUCAACACAGAACCAACCACGCUUGUGAACUUCCUCUGUCAGGGACUUUCUCAACAGUGUUGUGAAGUUAAGGAAAUAAAUAUAGUUGUUGAAAGAGAGUUUUCGUUGCGAAUGUUUGUAAUUAUUUUUUUAAAAGUUACAUAGUUAUAUUUUUCAUAACAAGUUCGCAUUGUAAAAUAUUUUUUUUGCCUCUACUAUGUUAGGAAUUAAUUUAUUGAGAGAA